AUGGUGGUCAAAAGUAAACAGGUGGAUGAUCAUAUCACCGAUCUUGAAGAAGUGUUUUCCACGCUACGAAAAUACAACAUGAAGCUCAACCCAACAAAAUGUGCCUUUGGGGUAGCAUCAGGAAAGUUUCUAGGUUUCAUGAUCACAAAUAGAGGAAUAGAAGCCAACCCUGACAAGAUCCAAGCCCUAAUAUCUAUGGAAGCCCCAAAGAGCAAAAAGGACAUCAAAAAGCUUACAGGUCGGAUAGCAGCAUUGAACAGAUUUGUCUCUCGAGCAGCAGAUAGAUGUUUCCCCUUUUUCAAAGUUCUAAGAGGCCACAAGAAGCCUGGUGAUACUUUGUUCCUUUACUUGGAUGUUUCUCAAAAUGCCGUAAGUGGGGUACUAGUAAUGGAAAAAGGAAGGGUGCAACAACCCAUCUACUAUGUCAGUAAAGUACUUCUUGACACCGAAACUCGGUAUAACCUUGUGGAACAGUUAGCUCUUGCCUUGAUAGUAACUGUUAGAAAGUUGCGACAAUAUUUCCAAUCUCACCCCAUAAUAGUUCUCACCAAUCAACCACUUAAACACAUACUUCAGAGGCCAGAUGUCUCAGGAAGGCUAUUAAAAUGGGCGGUCGAGCUUGGCGAGUUCGACAUAGAAUUCAAGCCUCGACCUUCCAUCAAAGCACAGGCACUGGCCGACUUUAUAGCUGAACUUACUCCAAAGACAGAAAGGCUAGAAGUAAAAAACCCGAGCAUAACCUCAAAAACCUGGGAGAUAUUUGUUGAUGGGGCAUCGAACAGCUCGGGCUUGAGGGCCGGGAUCAUCAUCAUCAGCCCGAACAAGACCACUGAAGUUCAGUGUGCGCUUAGGUUUGAGUUUGAAGCAACCAACAACGAAGCGAAAUAUGAAGUUGUGGUCAUUGCUCUCAAACUUGCCAGGAAUUUGGAAUUAGAGCACAUCAGAGUCUUCAGCGACUCACAGCUCGUUGUUGGACAGAUCGAAAGAUCCUUUGAAAGAAAUGAUGAGCUCAUACUAUCUAAAACAAGAGCAGAUAACUUCAAAGCUGACGCACUAUCCAGACUUGUUUUCAUGAGGAUAGAUGGACUCGACAGAACAGUGCACAUCAAGAUUGUCACAGAGCCUAGCAUAAACAUGAAGCCGAGCGUCAUGGACAUUGACCAUGAGCCCUCCUGGAUUGAUCCAAUAGUUGAGUAUAUAAGUAAUGGAGACCUACCUCGUGACCCUCGCGCCGCAAGAAGUAUUCGAGCCAAAGCUGCUAGGUAUUGCAUUAUCAGAGGGGUGCUGUUUCGACAAAGUCUCACGCUCCCCUAUCUGAGAUGCCUAAAGCCUUCCGAGUCUCUCCAAGCCCUGACUGAGGUUCAUGAGGGAGUAUGCAGAAAUCACCAGGGAGCCAGGGCCCUUGCCUACAAAUUAAUAAGGUAUGGGUACUACUGGCCAACUAUAAAAAAAAUGCAGCUGAAUAUGUCAAAAGAUGCGACAAAUGUCAGAGGUUUGGUAACGCUAUACAUGCCCCUGCAGAAGAGUUGA